UAUACAUAUGUGUAUAGAUAGUUCAAUACAUCAGGUGAGGUUCACACAGGUGUACCAGGGAAGGAUCAAUAAUCCACCUCCAUUGAUUGAGCCACAGGGCUUGCCACUCUGCAUCAGACUGUCUACCAGGCUAUUCAGAAUGGCAGCGUUCUCUUUGAACAUUCAAAAACACGUGGAGCCAGGACUAGUCACUUGUGGCAAAUUCGAUGGUUCCCACGCUUGUUUGGCAGCGGCGACGUUCGGUGGCAACAUUUUGAUUCACAGUCCUCAUAGGCAGCCCCAGAUAAAGAGCCACGAUCAUGAACAAUUGGACAGAAAGCUGUCUUGGAGCGGAGAAUUGGCGGAACUCCAGAUAGGAACCGAGAUCACGGCGAUGAGCAUCGGCCGUCUCACAAACGAUGAUAAAGAUGUCCUCUUGGUUGGAACACCAAGCCACGUCCUUGCCUUCCAUGUCGAGGACAAUUCCGACAUUUUCUAUAAGGAGAUGUCCGAUGGCGUCAAAUGCAUUGCCAUCGGUAAAUUGGGAUGGCUCCCCAAUCAGGUUGCAAUCGUUGGUGGUAACUGUUCAGUGACGAUUUUGGACUCACAAGGCACAGAAAUAUUUUGGACGGUGGUCGAGGGCAUCGUCAGCUCCUUGGCUGUCUUUGACUUUGAUGGCGACAACGAAAACGAGCUGGUCACUGGUACACAAGACUUUGAAAUCAAGGUGUACAAAGAGGAGAAUGUGCUCUGGGAAGCCAAGGAGACUGCUCCAAUUACUACACUAACAGGCCUUCCCAAUAGAAGGUUCGUUUAUUCAGUUGGGAACGGGACUCUGGGUGUCUAUGAAAUGGCGCAAAGAUUAUGGCGCGUUAAGUCAAAGCAUCGAGUGGUGGUCACGAGAAGCUUCGACGUGAACGGGGACGGUGCACCGGAAGUUAUCACAGGCUGGAACAAUGGAAAGGUCGAUGCGAGAUCAUCGAAUAGUGGAGAGGUGAUCUUUAAAAUUCAAUUAUCCAACGGGAUAGCUGGGAUCGUGGAAGCCGAUUACAGAAGAAUCGGCAAGCCUGAUCUAGUUGUAGUGUCCACCAGCGGCGAAGUUCGUGGCUAUGGUUCUGGUUCCACAAUGGACACUCCGGAACCAGGAGAAGCCAUGCGUGAAUUGCUGGCGAAGAAACAAGUUCUACAGAUGGAACUUAGGCAGAGGACUGCGUCUGUUCCGGCUAUGUACCACAGGACUAAACUGGCGGUCACCUUGAUGACUAUUAAUGGUGCUGCAAGGGUCGCUCUAGCAUCAGGGCCUGGACUGUUGAUCCAUUGCGCCAUAGUGUUCACCGAGGGUGUGUUCGAUGGUGAAACACUCGUUGUUCAUCCCCCGAGGCCGAAAGGGGAACUGGAAAUCGAGCUUCGUCCUUCAAAAAACACUCCGGUUGACAUUCAUGUCAAGGUGUGCGUCGGGCCUGCAGGCGCAGAUCUGAUGCAGGUGUUCGAAAUGACCCGACAACUGCCCAGGUUUUGCAUGUACGAAAUGAUCAUGAAGCCGGGGCGCACUGAAGAUAACAUUCUGAACAACUUCGUCGUCGCCGAGUUUGCAGAGCGACCUCAAAGAAUCGCGCUUUGGUUGAACCAGAGUCUGAUCUUGCCAAAGGAGUUCGAGAUCAGAGAAGACGGAUCAAAUGGCGGCGGGAUUGAGAUGUGGCUUCGCGGGAUGAGGGACGGCAAGGUUCAUUGCUUCAAAGCAGACUCAACCGGGAAAGUGACCAUUCAAACUGAGGACUCCACGUUUGCAGGGGACAUUAUUCAAUCUCUAGCUUUGUACUUGGGUCUGAGGGAGUUGUCCUCGGAGGUCACGUUUCCAGAAGAGGAGAAGAAGCUCUUGGACGCUUUAGAAAAAGUCAAAGAUUUGAAAGAAAUCGACAUUAGGCUACAGGCAGAGGCAGCCAGCGAUACAACUCUGUUGAAGAACAUUAUAAUUCGUUUAGAGGAUGCCAGGAUCCUCGAGAACAUCGACGAGAUGCGGAAGAGGUUGGUGCAGCUGAAAAACGUCAACGUGGAUCUGAUCAAGGAACACGAGAUCAGGAUGAAGAGUUACCGGGAAUUGGCGGCGAACUUGAAGGAGUUGAACCUUGGGGUGCAGAGAGCUGCUAGAUUAAGGGUCGGCAAGAACGCAUCGAACACGGUGGCACACUGUCGAACCGCUAUCCAGGACAAUAAUCCGAAAGCACUUCUGUUGGCAAUAAGACACGGAUGAAGCUGUUUAACCAUCAUUGUUUUAUUGUUGGACGAUACAACCGUUAAAAUACUCCAUAAAAUAAGUACUGUCGUGUACCGCUAAAUCUUCUCGGGACCAGAUGUUAUACAAUAUAUAUAGUUUUAACAAAUUA